CUGAAUAUUCUUCAUACACUUGUCAUUUUGAUAAAGGCUUGACGAAGAUGCAGGUUAUUUUUAAUUUAUUUUGCAAUUCAGGUUUUUCAAUUGCACUUAUCGUAGUUACUAUAACAUUGUUUCUGCUAAAAUCACGCCGCCCACAUGGCUCGCCACCAGGACCUAGAAUGUUGCCAGUUUUGGGAAAUUUAACAAUUCUGUUGCAGGGUAAUUUAAUUGAAAUUAGUGAGAAGCUGAAGACUACAUAUGGAAAUAUAUUUAGUUUAUCCCUUGGAGGAAAAUGGGUUGUAUUUAUAAAUGGAAAUGAACAUCUCCGUGAAGUUUUUGUAAAACAUGCUGAAUUCUUUUCUGACAGGCCAAACGUUUUCUUCAUUAAUAAGAUUCUAGAGAGUAAAGGUGUAACGGCACAAAAUGGCCAUGCGUGGAAGACUCACAGAACAUUUAUGGUUACAGCUUUACGAAAGUUAGGAUUUGGGAAAAAAAGUAUGGAAUCAAAGGUUUUAGAAGAAUCUCAACAUUUUCUAAGCGUGCUUAGUGAUUCAAAUGGAGAUCCAAUCAACGUUGCUGAUCCGAUUUACGUAGCAGUCUCAAAUAUUAUUUGUUCCGUUGCUUUAGGUAGAAGAUUUGAUUACAAAGACGCGGAAUUUAAAAAGUUGAUAAACGUGGUUAACGAGUUAUUAUCCAAUCAGAACAUUCCUGCUAUCAAUCUACUUCCCAUUCUUCAAUAUCUUCCAGGCGAUAUAUUUGGGGCAAAGCGCAUUUUACAACAAACUCGUAUGUUAAAAAAAGAGUUUAAACGAUAUAUAGCUGAGCAUAGAGAUACCAUUGACCCUGGGAACAGUAGGGACUUCAUAGAUGAAUAUAUCAUAGAACAGAAAAGAAAUGCAGGUUUGACAGAUGAUGAUUUCCCAACAGCUGUGUUUGAGUUGUUUGCUGCGGGCACAGAUUCUGUAUCAAACACAAUAACAUGGUCAGUAUUAUAUCUUUUGAAAAACCCGGAUAUUCAAAAUCGGAUGAGAGACGAGUUGCUUUGUGCCAUUCCUACUGAUAGACUGCCAACAAUGGGGGAUAAGCUAAAUUUACCCUUCUGUGAAGCUGUAAUUGCUGAAACACAGAGAGUUGCAAAUAUUUUUCCUUUUGCACUUCCACACGCAGCUACAGAAGACGUGAUGAUUGGCCAAUUCAAAAUUUUUAAAGGAUCUUACGUUAUACCAAAUUUGUCUUCAGUAGUACAUGAUGAAGAUCUAUUUGCAGACCAUCUUAAAUUUGACCCGUUGCGAUUUAUAGACAAAAAAGGAAAGUUUUACGGUCAGGAAAGAUUUAUUCCAUUUUCACUUGGAAAACGAUCGUGUCUGGGUGAAUCCCUCGCCAGAAUGGAAUUGUUUCUUUUCAUCACUGCAAUGGUGAAGAAGUUUCAUAUUCUACCAGAGGAAGAAGGUACAUUCCCAUCAUCACAGGGACAGUUAGGAAUUGCAUAUGUACCAAAUCCGUUUAAAGUUCGUUUUGUUGAGAGGAAUUAAAGAAAAUCAUAAAAUUCAACUUAAAUUAUUAAUUCAUAAACAGACAGCUUAUUCAAUAUAUUUUUUUGUAAAUGUAUCUAUAUGUGUACAUUAGAAUAUAAAUAUUAUUCAGAUACUUAAACAGCAAACAAUCUAUAUUUUCAUUUCAACAUAUGGUCAUUCUGAACAUUGCUUGUACAUGCAGCUUGAACAAACUUCUAGAUCAAGCAAUUGUCACUCACAUGUACUCAGGUUAACAAUAGAAAUUACGAAAUCAUACUUUGAUCAAACAAAUGACUGUUUGUUACACUUUAAGUUUUCUUCAUAUCGAACAGUUAUUGGCCACUGCAAUUAUAAAAAACAGUUCAAUGCAAUUAUUUUUAACUUUGAAAUAUAUUGAACUGAAAAAUUAAAUUAUUUUCUUACA